UUUCUCUCUCAUCGUCCUGAUCUUUUCCCUUCUCAACACUAAAUCCCUCCUUUCUCUCUCUAACUUCUCCCCGAUGAUAAAAGGAGGUCAGUCUCAGCGUCUCUCUGAGAUGUUCAGUUCCGUCUUCUGCCCUUCUAAACCGUCGUUUCCGCCUGUUAGGAUUAGGGCACAGGGCAGUCGCAGUGGGGUGGAGCUUCAAAAGCCUCCUCAAACAAUGGCGACCAAAUGGGCUCAGAAGACAGUCGUUCUUCCUCGCCAGAAAAGAGGGUGCCACCUCGUGACCUCCAAGAUUGUGAAAGAUAUUGAGCAGGACUUAUCAGGUUUCAGGUGUGGCCUUGCACAUUUCUUCUUGCAGCAUACGAGUGCUUCUUUGACCAUAAAUGAAAAUUACGACUCAGAUGUUAGGCAUGAUAUGGAAACCUUUCUUAACCGCGUCGUUCCUGAGGGUAGGUCUGCACCUUGGAGCCAUACCAUGGAAGGUCCUGAUGACAUGCCCGCACAUGUUAAAUCUUCAAUGUUUGGCUGCAGUCUCACGAUCCCCAUUACUGAUGGCCGUCUCAAUAUGGGUACCUGGCAGGGAAUAUGGCUCUGUGAACAUAGAGAUGAAGCAACACCUCGCAGAAUUGUUGUCACACUUAAUGGAGUGUAAAUGACCUGCUAUGUAAUAAUUUGUGCCGAAGCGAGUUCUGUAAUUUAGAUAUGUUGUAAUUAGUGUGAAGUUACUUAUAAAUCAGAACUUUACAAGCUCUCACAGAAUGCACAUAGAGAUCCACUGUGACGCUUAAAAAGAGCUAUUUUUGUCGUGAUUAGCCUGAAA